UGGCACUCACCGCCUCGGAGUGCGCACAUACUCAGCUUACGAGAGCGAGCGAGCGAGCGAGACAGAGAGAUGGCAACACCCGUGCUCUCCUUCCCGGUGAUCGACAUGGAGAAGCUGGAGACGGAGGAGAAGGGUCCGGCCAUGGAGGUCAUCCGCGACGCCUGCGAGAACUGGGGAUUUUUCGAGUUGCUGAACCAUGGCAUCUCGCACGAGCUGAUGGACGAGGUGGAGCGGCUGACCAAGGCGCACUACUCAGACUGCCGGGAGCACAAGUUCCAGGAGUUUGCGCGGCGGACGCUGCAGGCCGGCGAGGAGGGCGCCAACGUCAAGGACGUCGACUGGGAGAGCACCUUCUUCGUCCGCCACCUCCCAGUCUCCAACGUCGCUGACCUCCCUGACCUCGACGACCACUACAGGCAAGUGAUGAAGGAAUUCGCAUCAGAGAUAGAGAAGCUCGCGGAGAAGCUGCUGGACCUGCUAUGCGAGAACCUGGGCCUGGAGAAGGGGUACCUGAAGAAGGCCUUUGCAGGGUCCAACGGCCCAACGUUCGGCACCAAGGUGAGCGCCUACCCGCCGUGCCCGCGCCCCGACCUCGUCGACGGCCUCCGCGCGCACACCGACGCCGGCGGCAUCAUCCUGCUGUUCCAGGACGACCAGGUGAGCGGCCUCCAGCUGCUCAAGGACGGGGAGUGGGUGGACGUGCCGCCCAUGCGCCACGGCAUCGUCGUCAACAUCGGCGACCAGCUCGAGGUAAUCACCAACGGGCGGUACAAGAGCUUGAUGCACCGCAUCCUGACGCGCACCGACGGGAACCGCAUGUCCAUCGCGUCGUUCUACAACCCGGGAGCCGACGCCGUCAUCUUCCCGGCCCCCGCGCUCGUCGCCGAGGGCGAGGAGGAGCUCGACGAGAGCGGCGGCGGCCGACAGACGUACCCGAGGUUCGUGUUCGAGGACUACAUGAACCUGUACGUGCGCCACAAAUUCGAGGCCAAGGAGCCCCGGUUCGAGGCCAUGAAGUCGGCCGUCGCCACCGUGUAAAUAAGAAGUGCCUUCGCGGUGGCUGCAUGCAUGAGGCGGACAUCGCGGCAUGCAUAUGUAUGUUCGAGCUUGAACAGUGUCGAUGUUGUAUUGUACUACGGUAGAUAGGCACGUAAUUUUGUGCUUAGAUGGCACGGUGCGUGUGUAUCGUGUUGUGGGAAAUGUGGUGUUAUGUAUUGCUUGUGUCUCAGCUAUAUAUGUACGUUAGUACUUAUAUAUUGCAUAAAGUGUGU